AUGGAAACUGAUAGAGAAAAUCUUGCAAAUCAAGCUCGUGAUAUUAUACGAUUAGAGCAAUAUAAGAAAGAUGUGUUGACAAUGGGAGGAUUUAUGCAUCAUCUUGGCGAAGAAAGACCCAUGUUAGAUGAAUCUGAGGGCGCUAAACCUUAUGGGUCAAAAGCAGCAGGACACUCAAACGAACAUGUACAAGGCAACCUGUCGCUUGAAAAGAUAGCUAAAAAACCAACACAUACAAAUUUCAUUAGCAAAAGUGAUCACAUCAAAUGUACCAAAGAGGGUAUGGACUACAUCAUUGAAAACCAAGAAUUUUCACAAAAUCCACAAUUUGUUAAAGCAGAAGUGACAUUCCCUUUAAAGAAACCGAUCCUCAUCACUGUUUCUGGGAAAAAUAACGAAACAACUUACGAUUUCGCUGGCAAAGCCACAAUUGUUCUGCAUAAUAGAAAAAAUGAUCAAAAUCAAUCAGAUUUGCGUGGCCCUGUGCACGCGCAGACAAUCUUUGCUCAUCAAGCAAGUUCUGGAGACAGUCCUGGGUAUAAACUUACAGUAACCAGAAUAAAUUCGCAAACCAACAAAAAAGAGGUAACAACUACUACUCAUAUUCCGGAUGAACAAUGGGUGACACUAAGAAAGUGA